AUGGGGGAAGAAAUAAAUCACACCAAAGAAGUGAAUGGCAAUGUCGAAGAUGCUGUCGACUUUCUUCACAACUCACCGGAUGUUAAUCACCCUUCGCUGGAAAAAUUAGCCGAGCUAACAGCUGUAAUGAGCCGUUUCGAGCUGGAUGUUGUCACAGCCUCUACUCCACAAAGGGCCCGUUCAAAGUCUGAACCUACUCCAAUGGGUCGUUUUCCAAAGACUGUUGUUGUGAAAUCAUUCGAGAAUGUAAAUGAGAAUACAUCUGACGGUUAUACCACCAGUGAUUCUGCUGCUGUUUCUGAAAUUUCGUCCCCACCAACUGCAACAUCUGAGAGGAAGGAAAUUACGGCUACUGUUACUGAUUCGUGCUACAAUGGCUAUAUGUGGAGUGGUGAACUACCUCCUCGUAAUUAUAGCAAUCCCACGUUCUCUAGUAAAAUUUUUGUGGUCGGCGUGCCAUGGGAUAUCUCCGAAACAGCUCUCAUUGAUGCGUUCUCUCCUUACGGAGCUUGUCGAGUGGAGUGGCCUUCUAAGGAAGGACGUUCUUAUUCAAAUCAGCGUAAUCGCACAAAGGUGACUGGGUACGUUUACAUCGUUUUCGAAACCGAACGUUCGGUCAAAUCUACUACAAGAUUGUUCACAAGAGUUUGGUUCCGCUGGCGAGUGGUCUUCGUGGGAGCGUUGCAUGGAAUGAUCACUGCUCAUGUCUUGUUUUCCAUUAUGAAUGAACUGUACGGAAAUGUAGUGUUUGUGGGAAUUGACACAGACAAGUACAGAUAUCCUAUAGGUAAAACUUUAGUUAGAGUUUUACUGUGUUGGCUGCCGAAUUGUGGAUCUCCUGUUCAAGGUAGUGGACGUGUCACAUUCCGCUCCCAUUCGUCUUAUUUUCAUGCAAUUGAAUCAGCAUUCCUGGAGAUCCGUACGAGCAAGUUCUGCAAAAAGGUGCAGAUUGAUCCAUUCCUCGAGGAUUCCUGGUGCAUGGUGUGCAACGAAAAUCCAGGACCGUAUUUUUGCCGUGAUCGCACUUGUUUCCGUUACUACUGCACUACCUGCUGGCAGGCGCGUCAUGCGGGAAAGGGUAAAGAAGCAACUCACCAACCUUUGACCCGUCAUGCACCACGCUCUGCAAUUUCUCGUGCGGACGACAAUGCUUCACGUGCAGAUGUUGUCAAAUCGCCGCCACGCUGCUAUCUACAAUCGUCAGGUAACGUGGCUGUUGCUCCAUUGGGUGGAAUGGCAGCUGUCGCUGCGGUGGCUCGUGGAACAGUGCCCCGCCACCAGCAUCAUGCAUAUCAGUACAUGCAGCUGGCGCCAGCGUAUCCAUCAGCCGUGUACUCGCCGGCGCUAAUGCAGCAGCGUUGCCGCAUUGGAUCAAGCGUUGCAACAGCUCCUGUCGUCACUGGUCAACCAGUUACUACCUCCCCAUCGUUCAUUCAUCAGCGUCUCUACUAA